ACGUCCUUAAAAGUGGGAGCGGCAAGACACACCCUGAUUAUUAGAUUUCGUAUUGAACAUUGGAAGUGCGAAAACUCAGUUGUAAGCUCUGACUGGUAAAUGAAACACACCGGUAUAACCGAUAGAUUAACAGUUGUAUUUGUGUCGAGCAUUGUUACUAUUAAAUAAAAUGGGAAACAAAGUAGCUACGUUCACCGAGGAACAAUUAGAAGAUUAUCAAGAUUGCACGUUCUUUACCCGAAAAGAAAUCUUAAGAAUAUAUAAACGGUUUCGGGACAUGGGAGACCCUGGGGCAGUUCCACGAUCCAUGACGCCUCAACAGGCAUCGACACUUCGUAUACCACUAUCUUGCUUGACACGCAUACCAGAAUUAAAGGAAAAUCCGUUUAGACAACGAAUUUCAGAGGUGUUCGCAAAAUGCCAGAACUCGGGAUUGUCAAUGUCCGACGUUUCAAACGAAGGAAUCUGCUUCGAGGAGUUCCUUGAGAUGAUGUCGGUUUUUUCGGAACACGCACCCAGGGACUUGAAGGUGUUCUACGCUUUUAAGAUUUACGAUUUUGACGAAGAUGGGGUAUUGGGAUUGAAUGAUUUAGAACGAACCUGUCGGCAGUUGGUUCAAGAUGGUCUGAAUACCGACGAAGUGGCCACAGUGUGUCGAAAAGUUUUGGAAGAAAGCGACAUCGACGGUGACGGUGUUUUAUCCUAUCUAGAGUUUGAACAUGUCGUAACGAGAGCCUCAGAUUUCAUGGCAACUUUCCAUAUAAGAAUUUAAUUCUCAUCGCUGUCGAAAAUUAAUAAAAUUUACUGCCAGUCAAUAAAAA